AUGGAGGAAUUUGCCAAGACGGGAAUAACAGUUACACAUGCCAAUGUACUCUCGGAUGGGAAGGAACCAACUGUGAAAUCAGUAAACACUGAUGAGUGUAGCAGCCAGCCUUGUAGAAAUCAAGGUAUUUGCCAGGAUGAGGAGAACGGUUACACGUGUACAUGUGAGGAUGGAUGGACUGGUACACAUUGUGAAACAGCCCUCUGCCCAUCGGAAUGGUUCCACUAUGGACAAAAGUGCUACUACCAGACAUCUUACACGUCCUGGACUUAUGCAAAGAGUUAUUGUGGUAGCCUGAAUAUCACGCUGCAAGGUGGGGCGGGAUCAAGACAAGCAUCAUUGCUAUUGGUAGAAAGCCAAGAGGAAACUGACAUUAUUGCGAAAGAGUUCCUGGGGGAAUCCAUUAGACGAAUUUGGCUGAAUUGCAACGACUUGCUUGAGGAGGGGACGUGGAUCUGCGAAAAAGAUGCUUCAGGAACUGUUUCUUCUUAUAGGAAUUGGUACCCAGGCCAGCCUGAUGGGAAUGGUGAUUUUGCUAUCAUUGUGAAUAGUACUGUGACAGCAGAGGAUGGUAUGACUAGCUAUGACGUAAGAUGGUUUGACAUAGGAGAUUGCUAUUAUUAUUUCUGUUAUAUACGAUAUGCCCGGACAGUGUGUCAAGUGUAUUUGUGAACAA